UAAAUGCUUAAAAAUCAUAGAUCGCGGAAAAUUUGCAAGUGCGAACGGUUUUACAUUAUCGGCUAAGUAAAUUUCAGUUGAAUAUUUCAGAUUAUUUUCAAAUUAACCAGUUAUGACUACAUAUUUCACGUACCCGCCACCAGAGCUGCAAAAGGAGCUGGCAGAUAUCGCCAAUGCCGUCGCUGCUCCAGGAAAAGGUAUUUUGGCAGCCGACGAAUCAACGUCAACAGUCGGCAAACGGCUCAGUGGUGUCGGGGUCGAAAAUACGGAAGAAAACCGCCGCGAUUACCGAGAGCUUCUUUUCACGGCGCCCGAUGACAUAAACAAAUAUAUUUCGGGAGUUUUGCUUUUCCAUGAAACCGUUUAUCAGAAGGCGUCCAACGGAACCCCCAUGAUGGAUCUGCUGAAAAAAAAGAAACUGAUUCCCGGAAUUAAAGUUGAUAAGGGUGUUGUACCACUCAUGGGCUCCGAAGGAGAAUGCACAACUCAAGGUCUCGACGAUAUGUCCCAGCGUUGUGCUCAAUAUAAGAAAGACGGUUGCCAGUUUGCCAAGUGGCGAUGCGUGCUUAAAAUUGGCCGUAAUACUCCAAGCUACCAUGCCAUGAUUGAAAACGCAAACGUUCUUGCAAGAUACGCAUCAAUCUGCCAAAUGAAUGGUCUGGUGCCAAUCGUAGAGCCGGAAGUCCUUCCUGACGGCGACCACGACCUUGACCGGGCUCAGAAGGUCACCGAAACCGUGCUUGCCUUUGUCUACAAAGCACUGAAUGACCACCAUGUUUAUCUGGAGGGCACCCUUCUGAAGCCGAACAUGGUGACUGCAGGACAGUCGUGCAGUAAGAAGUACAAGGCUAGUGAACAGGCUGCGGCCACGGUCACCUGUUUGAUGCGCACUGUACCGCCGGCCGUUCCUGGAGUCACGUUCCUCUCUGGAGGAAUGACUGAGGAAGACGCGUCCAUCAUGCUCUCUGAGGUCAACAAGGCCCCAGGAAAGAAGCCCUGGGCUCUGACAUUCAGUUUUGGAAGAGCUCUGCAGGCCUCGGUCCUGAAGGCGUGGUCUGGUAAAAAGGAGAACGUCGAGGCAGCUCAGACAGAGUUGAUGAACAGAGCGAAGGCGAACAGUGAGGCAGCGCUUGGAAAGUACGAGCCGGGAUCAUGCAAGGGCGCCGCUGCGCAAGCUGAUCAAUUCGUCAAGAACCAUGCGUAUUAGCGUGUUUUUGGAAAUAAAAUGUCUCGUAUGCAUCAUUUCACACUUCGGCUUGUAAUACAUAAACACACACCGCA